AUGUCUAACGAGCAACAACCGACUGACGGAGACAAUGGUCCCAUUAUCAUCGCUGAUGACUUGAUCGGACUUUCUAACCGUCUACUUCAGGAUGCCGAUGACGGCUCAUCAGACCGGGCGACUAGUAUCGCCUCUUCCAGCACGAGCUUGGCAAGCUCGAUAAUGAACCAUCGUAUCGAGAAUGAAUACAGCUACCCCAACGACGAGAAGGAGAAUGACAGGCUAGACCUUCAACACAACAUCUUCCUUCUCACGCUCGACUAUAGGCUGGGUCUUGCACCGCCGGCUCAGGAAGGAUCCAAGAUCAAGCGCGUCCUGGACGUGGGCACCGGCACGGGAAUCUGGUGCAUCGAAUUCGGCGAUGAGCAUCCUGAUGCCGAGGUUGUUGGCAUCGACCUGUCUCCGGCACAAACAGCAUUUGUUCCGCCCAACGUCAAGUUCGAGGUUGACGACCUCGAGGAGCCCUGGACGUACCACACAAAGUUUGACUACAUCCACACGCGCGUCAUGACUUCGAGCAUCGCCGACUGGAAGAGCUUCCUCGAGCCCGGAGGAUACAUCGAACUGCAAGAAGCCCACAUGAGGCCCGACUGCGACGACGGCACCCUCAAGCCUGACAGUCCUUUGAUUGAAUGGGUCGACAGGCUGGAAGAGGCCUGCAACAUCUUUGGCCGCCCCUUCAUCCACUGCCCGAGCCUCAAGCCGCUGCUCGAGGAGGUCGGCUUCGAGGACGUCUCGGUCACAAAGUACAAGUGGCCCAUCAACGCGUGGCCCAAGGACCCGCACUACAGAGAACUCGGCAUCUGGAACCUCGAAAACAUGCUCGAGGGCGUCGAGGGUUGGAGCAUGGCCCCCUUCACCAGAGCGCUCGAGUGGACGAAAGAGGAGGUCAACGUCUUCCUCAUCAGCGUCCGGAACGAGCUGAAGAAUAAGAAUGUGCAUGCCUAUAUCCCCGUGUACAUGAUCCAUGCGAGAAAGCCGCUAAAGGAGGCCGAGGAGAAUGAAGAGGCGUCCUGA